CUUACAUCACACAUUACGGUCUCACACCCGGAAGCACGGUGGCCCCGCGCGCUUCUCUGCCGCGCUCUUCUGUGGCGCGCGCUGACAUACCGCACAUGCGUUUUGCUGGUGCGUCCGUCGUAUGGGGCUUUCGUUUCUGUUUAACACGCGCAAACCUGCACUAAUCCAUCAACCUCGCAACCCCCAGCCCCAGAGAGAGUGAGCGUCGGCCGGACAGCACAGGCUCUGACCGCAGCGCUCCGUCAGCUGUGACAUUGACAGCGCGGUGGUGAGGUGGUGGGUGCAUGUCCGUUAUUAGACAGCCUCGUCUGCUAUCAUGGGCGACUAUUUCUGCCUCUCCGACUGCGACGUGAUCGGAUUCGACUUGGACCACACGUUGUGCCGGUAUCAUCUGAAGGAGACGUCCAGGUUGAUCUACGAGAGCUUUGCCCGGUUUCUGGUGGAACACAAAGGCUAUGAUAAGGAACUUCUGGAGCUCACUCCUGCCACCUGGGACUUCUGUUUCAAAGGCCUUGUGGUGGAUCUGGAAGAUGGAAACCUUGUGAAAUUGUCUGAAGAUGGAACAGUUCUAAGAGUGACACGUGGGACCAAAGACCUGAGCACAGAGGAGAUGCUCCGGCACUAUGGCCCCUCGCGGGAGUGGAAGCACUUUCAGAGCCUCAACACGUCCUUCACCAGAUCUGCUAAAUAUUAUUUCUACGACAACUACUUUGACCUGCCUGGAGCUCUUCUUUGUGGGAGAGUUUUUGACAUGUUUCAGAAGCAAGGGAAAGAGGUGAACUCUGACUUUUGGAAAGACAUGAUAGCUGCCAUCGACCACAACUACAACACCUCUGCUUUUAAAGAGGACGCCGGUACAUACUUCCCAUGUGUGAAGAGGGACCCGGGACGGUACCUGCAGCCCUGCUCUGACUCUGUGAAGACCUGGCUCCGGACCAUGAAGACAGCGGGCAAAGUGCUGCUGCUCAUCACCAGCUCCCACAGCGACUACUGCCGCCUCAUCUGUGAACACGUCCUGGGGAAGGAUUUUGAGGAGCUGUUUGAUGUCAUCAUCACCAAUGCUCUGAAACCAGGCUUCUUUUCUCUGGUCCCCCAUCAGAGGCCCUUCAGGAACCUGGUGAACGACGUGGAGGAGAGCGAAGGCCUCCCAUCUCUGGACAAACCGGGCUGGUACUCUCAGGGAAACUGGCCCCACCUGCACGAGCUGCUCAAGACCAUGACUGGAAAACCAGAGCCCAAGGUGGUGUACUUCGGCGACAGCAUGCGCUCAGACAUGUUUCCGGCCAGCAGCUUCGGGAAGUGGGAGACUGUGAUGAUCGUGGAGGAAAUGGAGGGGGAGGGGGUACCCCAGAGUGACGCAGCCAAAUCCAACCAGGCCCCAGUGGAGCCACAGGAGAAGAAGGGAAAGUUUGAGGAGCAGGGCAUGAAGUCUCCCUCAGCGGCGUCCAACCAGUGGGGCUCGUACUUCGUGGACGUCCAGAGAGGAGUGGGCGGAGACGAGGAUGUGCACAAGCUGACCUGGUGCUGCCACUGUAUCCACAAGUAUAGCUCUCUAGCCAUUCCCAGUGUGGAGCACAUAGCAGAUCUGCCUUUGGACUACAAAUUCCCCCGGUUUUCUCCAGACAAGCCCUGCACCAGCGGAUACUACCCCAGACCUCCUGAUUCUUUACUCAAGAGGUUCCAAAAUCAGUAAUCAGUAAAAAAAAUUUAAUUCGACAUAAUUUUGAAACAGUCCUUCCUUAUGUCGGCCUCAGGAGAGGAACGUGCCUCCCAUCACCAUCUGCUGUGUAGACUGAGACUGCCAGAGGUGCACCUGGAACACUUGUGUGUUUGUGUCUUCUGUUCAACCAAGAACAAAAACUAUUGGUCUUUUGCCUCAUACGUUUUGUGCAACGUUAAAAGACUGUGUGCUCUGUGAAUCUCGCUUGUUGAAAUAGGAACCUCUAUUAACUCCUGGAAAUUGAGGCCCUCUCCCAGUCUAUACUUGGUUGAAAAGUUGGUUCUAUUAAAUGUGCUAACAGAGAUUUGGGUAAUCAAAAAAAUCUGUAGUGUAUUAGUCAGAAUUUUGUAUAAAAGAGGAUUGAACCCACCUGGUCUAGUUCAACAUAAAUUGAUUUCUCCUGAGAAGUAAUGGAGAUAUUAUGCAAAAUUAACUCACAUGAGCAUUUAACCAUGUUGUAACAGUAUUCCUUCAGCAUUAACUUACAAGUUCAGACUCCAGGCCAUUUUUCAUCAAUAAAAAUAAGUACAUAAAAAUCUGCUGCUUCCUACGGUGAAAUACCACUGUGAAGAGAGGAGGGGGGCUCACAUUUCUGCAGAUUUGAACAGGACGUCAAUGGACUUGUUUCUAUUACUAAGCCGUUUUAGAUCAAUAUUGCAGUUUACAAAAUUUAAAAUAAUGAUAUAUGUGUGAUAGUUUAGUAGGAUACUAAAUACCCGAAGAAAAACAUAAUGUCUUAAUUAAGAUUUUAUUUGAGGAGGGCCUUAUGAUCUUGCUGACUUUUUUAUAUUUUUAGUUGAUCAUUUUUGUGUAAAUGGAUACUCCUUACGUUGAAAAGAGUUGUGGUUCAAAAGCCAUGUUGUAAAACGUAACUAGAGCAUUUGUGAAUGUAGGCCACAGUGACACACAUUGGGCCAUUGUGUCGUGCUGUAGUUUUCUCUGAAGAAUAUGACUUGAGUGAAUGUCUGUUUUACAUAAAAAAUACAUGGACAAUUCUUCUAAAACUGACCUGGACAUGGUUAGCACUUUACAUUUUAUCCCAUUACCUCUGGAUCGUGUCGGUGCUGUGUGUUGAAGUUUCAUUUGACACCUCAUUUUGGAGUAAACCUGUCUUUCGUCCUGUGUUGAUUGUUUAAUGGGACGUUAUCUGCCAAACCCUGGUGCAGUGCUAUCUUUGGUAUUUAAAACACAUAAUUACAGUGAGAAUAAUAUGUGUAUAAUGGGUGAGGUCUGUGUGAUGUUCUGUACUUGUUCUGCUGGAGUGACUGUAUUAAAGUGGACUUCUUGUGCUUCAGUCAAACUUAUUUGAAUCCUGCUUUGAGUGAAUGUUUGCUCUUCAUCAUAGGCAAUAAUAUUGUAUUCGUUAGUGACUGUAGCAUAGUCUGACACUUGGUAACUUGGAUCAUUUAUUUUUAUGCAACAUAUUGUGAUAAAUUGUUUCAAUAGUUAGUUAUAUGAUAUUAUUUAAAAAGAGCAUAGAUGACCCAGACAAAAAUCUAUAAUCCGUUUGAUUACAUUCUUUGAUUAUAUUUAGAUUGUGGUAAAUUUCCCUUGUUAUUUGAAUAUUUAUCCACACAGGUAACAUGUCACUGUGUCACCAUGAAUGUCAUCAUUUCUGUAAUCUGACAAAAAACAAUACAGGCUGCAUACUGCAACGUCAGGGUAUACAUAGAGACGACAUAAAGUACCUGAACAACUGAUAUUUGUCACACAAUUAGUCAAAAGAAAUAUGUAGAGAUCUGCAUAUGAGCAGGAGUUGUAUUCUGUUGUUUGUAGGCUCCUGUCUGGACGUGCACUGUUAGCCUGUGUUCCUCUGACACAGACCCUGUAUACCUGUCUUUUAGUCUGUGCUGUCCCAAAAAAAACACAACAAUGUCAAACACUUAUAAAUACAUUUAGGUUAUUUAAGAUAAUAUCCAGACAGACAUUAUGAAUAUACUGUAGUGCUGUUCAGUGAAAUGUGUUUCACGCUUGAGCAGAAAGACUUGAGCGGUAAUUGUACUUUGCUCAUCUCAUCCUGGAAACUCUGACACCGCCUGGUUUAACCUCAUUAGUGUGUAACUGUCACUAAAAUAAAGUCUUCUUUGUAUGUA